AUGGGGAAUGCGAGGUCGGAUACGAGGAACUUGGCUAGCGUCCACUACCUGAGCAUAUCGGGUGACGAGAGCAACUCGACGAUGUAUGAGGAACCUUUGCUAGACAAGAGCAGGCAGUUGCAGCAGGAGGACGACAAGAUCGACCUUGGAGCGGUGAUCCACCAACUCAACAGCUUCUUUGCAGUCAUUUGGCCAGUCUCAAAUGCGAUCAUCUGCUCGAGUCUUGCUGCUUCGUACAUCUCCGAUCCUGUCAUGACACAAGCCAUGAAGACGUACAUGUACUACCAAGACAUCGACUCAUCUGGGCUGUCUACGGCCGAGAAGACAGAGGAGGCGCUUCUCAAUGCGCUUUUGGUGAUUGUAUUCAUCGCCUUCCUCACCUUUGGGAUCGUUUUGCUCUACAAAUGCAACGGCAUGCAUCUCUUCGCCUGGUACUGCAUGUUGUACUCGGCCGCGUUGCUCGGACUCAUGGGUUCGAAGCUGGUCGUCAUCGUUCUGUGUGGAAACCUGCACUGGGUCAUCGAUCGCAUCUCGCUCACAAUUGUCAUGUACAACUUCGCGAUGGUCGGCGUGCUCAGCAUUUUCUAUCAAAAGGGUAUUCCUGGUAUUCUUGAGAGAGGUUAUCUUAUCGCUACCAGUGUCAUCGUAGCUUGGCAACUCGCCCAGUUACCCGAGUGGAGUAUUUGGAUGCUUCUACUCCUUCUAGGCUUCUGGGACCUUUUCGCCGUGUUAACACCGGUGGGGCCUCUGCGUUGUCUGGUUGAUCUCGUGCAGGAGAAGGGAACUCCGAUUCCAGGUCUUCUAUUCGAAGCAGAUGUGGAAAAAGCUCAUAUUGGAGGAAAUACCAUCGACCAGAACGCGCCGAAGCGAAGAUUUGCGAGUCGUGACACAGUACCAGAGGAGGUUUUCAUCCACCGUUUGCUACUUGCAGCAGAAAGUGUAAAUGUUCAAGAUCAUGGAGCAGUUAACGGUGCUCUAUUUCGACGGCAAGUACAAGUGUUUCUGUACGACCAAAACUCGCAGUGCCAAAACCAAAGCGAUGAACUUGCUCGCAAGUUUGAACGCAACCAGCUCCGUCUGUGGCGAAAUUUGUACACUUACUACUGCGUCGACUACGUGUCCAAGCAACAGCCAUAUCCAGCUAUCCAUACUGUGUUUCCUACUUCCAUGGACACGUAUCCUGCCUAUGCAGGUAGACCCAACUACAAUUAUGAUACCAGGGGCGAAGGCUGCGAGGACAAAUCUAUCAAAUUGGGUCUCGGAGAUUUCAUUUUCUACAGCGUUUUGGUCGCCCGUGCAUCGCUACACGGCUUCGACGUAUUUGCAGCUUGUUUCCUCAGUAUCCUCGUGGGACUGGGGAUUACACUCUAUUUGCUUGCACGCUUCGACGCGUUACCGGCGCUCCCUAUCUCACUGUUUAUGGGGAUCAUCACCUACUUGCUCAUGAUCACCAUCACCUCCCCUCUGCUUGAAGAGCUCCAAGCAAGAAACGUAUUCGGUAUCUAGAAUGUUGUUAUCGGCACUCGCAGCCGCAUCUGG